ACACUAUAUUGCCAAAAGUAUUUGGACACCCCCAAAAUCAUUGGAUUCAGAUGUUCCAAUCACCUCCAUGGCUACCUAGACAUGCAGACUGCUUCUACAGACAUUUGUGAAAGAAUGUGUCGCUCUCAGGAGAUCAGUGAAUUCAAGCGUGGUACCGUGAUAGGUUGCCACCUGUGCAAUAAGUCCAUCCGUGAAAUUUCCUUGUUACUAAAUAUUCCAUGGUCAACUGUUAGUGGUAUUAUAACAAAGAGGGAGCAACUGGGAACAACAGCAACUCAGACAUGUGGUAGGCCACGUAUAAUCACAGAGCGGGGUCAGCGCAUGCUGAAGCGCACAGUGCCCAGAAGGUGCCAACUGUCUGCAGAGUCAAUAUCUAAAGACCUCCAAACUUCAUGUGGCCUUCAGAUUAGCACAACAACAGUGCAUAGAGAGCUUCAUGAAAUGGGUUUUCAUGGCCAAGCAGCUGCAUUCAAGCCUUACAUCACCAAGUGCAAUGUAAAGCGUCAGAUGCAGUGGUGUAAAGCACGCUGCCAUUGGACUCUAGAGCAGUGGAGAUGAGUUCUCUGGAGUGACAAAUCACGCUUCUCUGUCUGAAAAAUCCAAUGGAUGUGUCUGGAUUGGGCGGUUGCCAGGAGACUAGUACUUGCUGACUGCAUUGUGCCAAGUGUAAAGUUUGGUGGAGGGGGGGAUUAUGGUGUGGGGUUGUUUUUUUAGGGGUUGGGCUUGGCUCCUUAGUUCCUUUGAAGGGAACUCUUAA